UGCAUUUUCAAGUUGGUGCCACGAUGCGUAAAACGAGGGCAGGAAGAAGAAGAGCUGGGACGCGUAGCUCCAAAAUGCCGGAACAACGAGAACAUAAGUCCGUCUGACAUAGUAAUGUUAAUGUAAUGUUUGUUACAUAAGGGAAAGGGCUCAUGAACUAAAUAGUUGCACGAAGCCAUUUGACACUACUGGGACCUUUUAAUACUGAACAACACCAUGGAGGAGACAAGUCGGGAGGCAGUUGCGACGGCAGUCCAGCGUGUGGCAGGGAUGUUGCAGAGAUCAGACCAGCUGGAUAAAGUGGAGCAGUACAGAAGAAGAGAGGCGCGCAAAAAGGCUUCUGUGGAAGCCAGGCUCAAGGCUGCCAUUCAGUCUCAGUUGGAUGGUGUACGGACUGGAUUGACCCAGCUGCACAGCGCCCUGCUGGAUGUCAAAGACAUCCAGAGUUCUCUGGCUGAUGUCAGCAAAGAUUGGAGGCAGAGCAUCAACACCAUAGAGAACCUAAAAGACGUCAAAGAUGCUGUAGUUCAACACAGUCAGCUGGCCUCUGCUGUGGAAAACCUAAAAAAUAUUUUCUCUGUGCCAGAGAUAGUGUCAGAGACACAGCAGCUGAUUGAGCAGGGAGAGCUGCUGCAGGCCCACCGGAAGCUGAUGGAGCUGGAAUGUUCACGGGAUGACCUCAUGUAUGAGCAGUACCGUAUGGACAGCAAGAACACCAGUGACAUGAAUCUAAUCUCCAUCUACUUUGAAGAUGUUCAGGGGUUGUCAGAUGAGCUGGCCAAACAGUUAUGGAUGGUACUGCAGAGGUCCAUGGUAACGGUUCGUCGUGACCCUACCAUGCUGGUGUCAGUCGUUCGAAUCAUUGAGCGGGAGGAAAAGAUUGAUCGACGUAUGGUUGAUCGAAAGAAACAGACAGGCUUCAUCCCCCCUGGGAGACCCAAACGAUGGAAGGACAAGAUGUUUCAGGUGUUGGAGGGUACAGUCAGCACCCGCAUUGAGGGCACCCAAUCGGUAACAAGAGAGGCUGAUAAAAUGUGGCUGGUUCGUCUUCUAGAAAUAACCAGGAAAUAUGUUCUGGAUGACCUCAUUGUAGUUAAGAAUCUCAUGGUGCAGUGCUUCCCCCCACACUACAACACUUUCAACAGGUUUUACAGUCUCUACCACAAAGCUGUGUCCAUUCGUGUCCAAGAACUGGCCUCUGAGGAAUUGGAGGCUAAUGAAAUUGUGUCCCUGCUAACCUGGGUCCUCAACACAUACAAAAGUGUGGAGAUGAUGGGUCAUCCAGAGCUCUGUUCAGAGUGUGACAUCAAUCAACUUGACCCUCUGCUGCCUCAGGAUGUGGUUAAUGACCUGCUCAGCAAAUAUAUUCAGACUUUUACAUCUAAUAUUACAGGCUGGCUGCGGAAGGCCCUGGAAACAGAUAAGAAGGACUGGCAGAAAGAAACUGAGCCUGAAGCUGACCAAGAUGGUUACUACCAGACCACAUUGCCUGCCAUUGUCUUUCAGAUGUUUGAGCAGAAUCUGCAAGUUGCUGCACAGAUUGAUGGGGAUUUCAAAGAACAAGUUCUGAAGCUUUGUCUGAAACAGAUGAAUACUUUCCUUAUCAGGUACCGAGAGGAGACCGUAACCUACAAAGAGGAGCACCUGAGAGACAGGCAGCUUCCCCAGUGUUAUGUACAGUACAUGAUAGCCAUCAUUAACAACUGCCAGACAUUCAAAGAGUCCAUCAACAGCCUAAAGAGGAAGUACUCACAGACCUCUGAGCCUACCGACAGUGAUGCUGCCAUAGAGAGGACACUCAACGAAGUGGCUAAGGAGGGAUGUCAGUUCCUGUUGGAUGAAGUCUUCCUAGAUCUUGAACAUCACCUGAAUGAACUGAUAACCAGGAAGUGGCUGACAGGCUCUCAUGCUGUGGACACUAUUUGCGUGACAGUGGAGGACUACUUCAAUGACUUCAAUAAAAUCAAGAAACCCUUCAAUCAGGAGAUGACAAGUGAGGCCUUGCGCAGAGUGGUCGUAGAGUACAUUAAAGCAGUGAUGCAGAAGAGAAUCACCUUUAAAACUGCAGAUGAGAGGAAGGAGGGAGCUGAAAGGAUGAUCAAAGAAGCUGAUCAGUUCAAGUUCCUCUUUGAAAAACUGGCUGCAGGUGAAGACACAGACCGACUUUGCGGUGCCAUCACUGCCAUCGCUGAAGUGUUCAAGCUGACUGACCCAGCACUGCUGUUCCUGGAGGUCACUACGCUGGUGUCCAAAUAUCCUGAUAUCAGGGAGGAACACAUCCAGGCGUUACUUGCGGUGCGAGGUGAUGCCAGUAGGGAAAUGCGGCAGAUGAUCAUUGGGACUCUCAGUGAGAACAAAGUAUCCUACUCUUGCGUCUCACAGCCCAUAUUCAAAGACAUCACUGUGCCCACCAUCACCACUACCAUGACUACCAUGACCUCAAUGGCGACUGCAAAGCUGCUCAAAUAAAGCUAGUCACCGUGGCACUUAUUUCUCUUUCAGCGCCUUCAUUCACAAAAGCAUAAGGAACCUUAUUUUCUCUAAUUAUUCUGUUUGUUUGUCAUAGUCACACUGAUUAUACGUCUGCUUUAGCAAAAUAAAUAAUAAAGCAAGAAUUGUAAACUGGA